AUUUUGUAUGCUUUCAACUAUUUAGUUUUGUAAUUCGCAGUUUUGCACGGAACUGGACAUAAACAAUGAAAAUCAAGUACUCAUCAUCCAAAAUAUUCGAUUUUCGUUCGUAAUUUGGAUUGGUGUAUGAAACUUCCUAGUCGCUUCUUCUCAAUGCAAUCCCAAUCCUUGUCUCCUGCCAAGAACAGAAUGACAUCCAGUAAAUUUUAGAGACUGGGCUUAGCUGCAAACAACAAUUUUCCCAACAGGGUUUAUAGGGACAUGCAAAUUUAGAAGGUAUUGGCAGGAAUUUGCAGGGAAAUUUCCCUGCUCAAGAGCACUUCAAAUACGAUAUGGACAUGCUUCCAUCUGUAAAACUUGCUCAUCAGUCUCCGGAAGGUCAAUCGCAGUGGAGGUAGUUGUAUCGAGUCUUGUUAGUGGGUGAGACUUCUAAACCUAGUUCCUCAAUUGACCCAAACCAACUUCUUUUCAUCUUGCAAUUCUGAUACUCAAAUCGUUUAAUUUUGAAUCAUCAUUCAAUCAUUCGCAGGUCUCCAAAUCAGCUUAAUGGCGUCGAAUGGUGCAAAACAGCCCUUGAUGUCUGAAACAAAUAACGCAUUUGCUCCCAAGAAAAGAAAUUUUCUCUAUGUUAAAAGUGCUCCUCUAGCAAAGUUUGUUUUUUCAGAAUUUGGCAGAAAAUUGCCUCCAAGUGCUGAAUCCAUUUUUGGGAAGCUGCACACCAGUUUCAGGGAAGUGGCCAUCUUACUGGCUGUCUACUUGGGUAUUGGGACCUUAUGCUUUUCCUUUGUCCUGGAUGAUCUGAAAGGGAAGAAAACAACUCCAAUUAUUGAUGCUUUAUAUUUCUGUGUUGUGACAAUGACCACUGUUGGAUAUGGGGAUCUAACGCCUGAUACCAGCUUUGUAAAGAUACUUGUUUGUGUUUUUGUCUUCAUAGGGAUGGCAAUUGUGGGAUUAAUAAUGAAUAAAGUUGCAGAAUACUUGGUCGAGAAGCAGGAAUUAAUGCUGGUUAAAGCACUUACUAAGCAUCAAAAAAAUGAUCCAUCUAAAAUCACAGAGACAGAAUUCAACAAACCGAUGUUCAAGUGUCUUUUGGCCAUGGCCAUUCUUUCAGUGCUUAUGAUGAUUGGAACCAUAUUCUUACUCGUAAUUGAAGAUUUAAACAGCAUUGAUGCCUUAUUUUGUGUAUGUUCAACUGUGACGACCCUGGGCUUUGGAGACAAGAGUUUCUCAAGUGCAGGUGGCCGUGCUUUUGGUAUACUGUGGAUACUGAGCACUACUCUUGGUAUGGGCCAGUUUUUUCUCUACGUUGCGGAGCUAUUCACUGAAAGCAGACAAAAGGCACUGGUAGACUGGAUUCUUAACUGGAAGAUGACCAAUCUUGAUCGUAUUGACAAUAAUGGAGUAGUUGGGUCUGCUGAGUUCAUCAUAUCGAAGCUUAAAGAGAAGGGGAAGAUUGGGGAAGAAGAUAUCUCAGUUGCCUUGAAAGAGUUUGACGUUCUUGAUGUUGGUGAAAUUGGAAUCUUGUUAGCAUCUCAUUUAGUACGUGCUAAAACUGCUCAAAGGAAGUGAUAUGAGGCAAUGAGAAGUGGCUAUUAGCUUUGUAAAAAUUUUAUAUAGAAUUUAUGUAUUUUCCGAGUGUCUAUUCAUAGAGACCACAGUAGUUGUGCUUCCCUGGUCCGGGGCUGUGCGCUUUUCUACAAGCUAGCAAGCUAGCAAGCUUGCAAAUUUAAUUUUCUAGUUGCCUUGUUUUAAUUUUAUCUUUUGCCAAACCAAUUAUGAAAAUAAAAUUUUAAAAUUAAUUAAG